GACCACUCCACCUCCCGGCCACAGCCCGAUCUCCGUCGCUCCGCCGUCGCCGCCCCCGCCGUCGAAUUGGCUAUCUCCGCCAUGAGCAGUGCUGUGCUGCACACGCCGACGCUGUACCAGGAAACGCGACUUUCAAUAGCGCCAACAACACCAAAUUCUGUGCUUGACAUCCAAAUCAGCGACAGGAGCCUCGGCAGAGCUGGCACGGGGCGCAAAAGAGCAUUCGAGGAUAUCAGCGGAAUCGACGAGGAGUCAUACGCGCGCAAACAUCUCGCGACUGAAGGCUCAGUCUUCAGCCGGCCCAAGAGCAGAGCGCCGCGCACUUUUCUCUGGCGCGUCCUGAACGAUCGCCACACUCUCGAGCUACAAUGCAUCGAUCUAGCACAGGACCGGCGGCACCUUGGCAGCGAAUGCUGCAGCGAUAGCUGGCUCACCUUCCGUAUCUCGCUGUCUGACGCUAUCAUCCCCCGUGGAGUCGCGCUUGCAGAUGAUGAAGCCAGGGACGCGCUCGAUGUUUUCGUGAUUACGCCCAAGGGCCUAUACACCGUGACAUUGCGACGCGAUCUACUGCUGCGCGAGACAGUGCCCGUGGACUUUGACCCCAGAUCGGUGUACAAGCACUACCCUUUGGGCCACAGGGCCUACCGCAUCACUGCUGUCUCAAGCCUGUUCCUACUCGUGUCGCUGGAGAAUGGCGAUUUCAUACGGCUGGAACGUGGCAAAGAUGAGUCUGGUAGCCAAUGGCGCCAACUGUAUGUUGGCGAAGGCGGCUGGAGCGGUUUGACCGGCCUGAAGGGGAUCUGGUCAAAGACUACGGUGAAGCACGGCGAGCUUCAUCUUAUGCCUAGCGCUAUGAUAGCCAUGGCGAUGAGCCCGGAUGAUAAGCACAUCUGGACUGUCGGCAUAGACCACGUUUUGAAGGCUUGGGAUACCAACACUGGAAAAGCUGCAAUCCGUAUGGACCUCCUGGAAGACAGCAUUGGGCAGGAAGAUAGGAGGAAGCAAGCACACAUUGAUCCUGGGCAAGGCACGGUGCUACAAGUGGUGGACUCAAUGGGUGUCCCAGGCACUGCAUACUUCUUGGUGUGCUAUUCCCCGAGGGACCACCAAUUCAGGUUCUUCGCGAUCACGCACAGAGAAGAGAAACUCAUCCUCGUCGACACGCAGCCCCCAGAGGCAAAACUCAACGCCCCCAUUGCGGAAAUGUUAGGAACAUCAUUGUGGAACCUGGAGCAAUUCCAUGUCAGCCCUGGGCCUCAGUGGAACGGCUCUCAAAUGUGGCUGAGGGCUAGAAGUGGCGGAGUAUGCGAAACCUUCGUGGUCACGUUUGACCUGCUGGGCGAGAACGGUGUCUCGAACGACUUCAGUGACGCCUGGAAGAAUGAUUGGACUCGUGUUGAGAACUCAUCCCUUAGCAUUGAGGCUUUGCGACGUGUACCCAGCUUUGCGGACCUGGAUCCUACGUCGGAAACCACAGCAACAUCUAGCGAGAAGUGGCUGAAGUACCUAUUCUACCCUGGUCGAUUCAGCGAAGCUUCAUUAGAAGCAGCACUUGCGAUGUAUCGCAAAACGGGCGGUGUAUCAACCGCAUCACGAGGCAUCAACAAAAUGGAGGAGCCACUCAAGGGACGUCUCGUCAGCGCCGUGAUCGCCAAGACCACUGUUGGCCGACAUGAUCACGAAAAGCCUGACUACCAUCGCUAUCAGCUCGAACUUUGCGAGCAAUGGCAGAUAUACUUUAGGCUACUAUCGCACCUGCACGCGCUUCGGCUUGCGUCCAUUGGCUUUGCGUACGAUGAUGAUGACGGCCUGCCAUGGUCGGUAUGUGCUGACGUGGUUGCGCCCAUUCGGCAAAGCAGUGAAUUUGAGCUCGUUGCCUACAACUCGGAGCUCGUCCAGGGCAGGCACAGCAGGGUCUUGAAUCAGGAAAUACAGACCAGAAUCUGGCCGAAUCCUGAUGAAGAUCUGCUAAAGAGCCAAAUACUUGCGGUAGCAAGACAACUCCGGCAAUGCUUAUCACCGUCUUCCCAGGAAAAGCUCUUGAGAGCUGCCAUUGCGGAAGCGCUUGAUCAGAGUGCGGAUAAGUCUGCACUUCUCGGCAUACAAAACAUUUAUGAUCAAUGCAACAUCGGCGAGGAGAUCAGCAACGAGGAUUUUGACGCUAUCACUGAGGCUGCCACUGUGUUCAACGGACUGGGAAGACUUGACGAUGACUCUCUUCUGAUGGUCCUGGAGGCUAUGGACACUGAUCUGACAUUGCAAGGCACCGACAGUGGUCGUGCUUUGCAAAGAUAUGGCAAGGACUUGACCAUAGCAAUCACACAGCAAACGCUACAAGACACACAAGCCGUUCUGUUGGACAUUCUUGCUCUCGUCCUCUUUAUGCAUGGCGAUCUAGAGCCUGAGGAGCUCGACGAAAAUUUCCAUCCUUGUGAAAUGUAUGAUAGCAUCAUCUUCAGGUUAAAGACCGCCGAGCUGCGAUUGUGGCUCGUUGAGCACAUGCGUCUCGAACCAAAGAAAGUGGGCAGUACGAAUGAGGAGCCGAUGGCGAUGACGUUGUAUGAGAGCCUCUUCAUCGGAGAUUGGAGGUCGUUGGAAGGUGGACAGCCACGUCUGUUAUCCCAGCUGGUUACGGCGUGGAGCAAGUCAUGGGCGCUGGGCAUCGACCCCAACGAAAACUGGACAGGCUUCACUGACUACGUGAUGGCCAAUCUCGUUCAACACAAGGAGUGGGACCUUGCGCUGGACUUCGUCAGAUUUCUAUCCGAGACUACACCAUGGGCUACCUAUCUCAAAGGUCGUGUCCACAUGGCCAGAGGAGAGUUCGACAUGGCCAGCCUUGCUUUUGAUGACGCUGCGGAUGAGCUUUCCCACAUACCUGAUGCUGCAAGCACCCUUUCACACCUCGUCCUCUCCGUCGAAGACAUGGAGUAUUUUGGUCAAGGUCUAGCUCGGUACUUCCAGCACAUCUCGGGCCUCUACGAAUCCGUGAAAGCUUUCUCAUACACAGGAGAAUACGCGAACCUAGCCUUCCGACAUUUACGAACGGGCGGUGAUGUGAGUCAAGCAUUGCACGAUCUCGACGAGCUCAAGCGGGAAAAGGGGUCUGCCCUGUCAAUACCACAGCUAAUCAGCGCUGCGAUGGAAGAGCUUUAUUAUCUCAAAGCACAAAUAGCUCAUGACAGCAUUCUCGGUCGUCUAUUUAGUGCUUCACAUCAGAUCAACCGCUUCGACGAAGCUUACAGUGCGCUGGCACAGAUAAUGGACCCAAUUGUGCGUAGAUCCAAUCUCAGGAUCCUCAUCAGCAGGUGCAUCAAGGAAGAUGCAGUUCCGGACCUGCUAUCGCUGCCGAUUGCGGAGGACCUUGUCCAGACAGUAGAUGCCGAGCUUCUCGGGCUCGCGAAAUCCAGUAUGGGUACAUCCAAUACACAGCUAUCCGGCCCACCAUACCACCAGAUCCUAUUCGCCUUUCGGAUACAGCACUCUGACUUCCGCGGUGCGGCGUCUCUGCUCUACACGCACCUGGAGUACCUGAAAUUCACGAAUCCUCAUGCCAUGAAGGAUCCGGACGAUGAUACACUGAUUCAAGUCUACGUGCUUCUAAUAAACACGUUGGUCUGCUGCGGUGAGGGCGAAGCCUGGUUGCUUGCGGAGGCCAUUGAAGGCGUGCAUCCGGCCGGGACGAAAAGGAGGUUGGUUCGCCUGGAGGACGUCAGAAGGGAAUAUGCGGAGGAACUCGAUCGUCGAUCCGAGGUGCAAAUGGGAAGGUUUGCCGUCUCUGGAGGAGACCACAUGGAGAUGUUCUGAGCUUUGUACGGGCUGUUCCCGGCGGAUAUCUGACACUCUAGCAAGCAGUUUCAUGAUGCAGUCGACCUGUCCGCUACACUAGAGCCUCUUUUGAACUACUUUUGCUACAUGCAAU